GAUGAUAUUAUUGAUGAUUUUGCCUUUAAAAGUGCAUCACGAAGACACUUUAAAUGAGUUGCCCCUGUGUUUUUUUUUUACUUUUUUUUUUCUUUUUGUGAUCCUGCUACACUUGCUACUUUUCUGUUAUUAAGUUGUUUGCUUAACAAGUGAAACUACUUAAUCCGACCUCACCUUUUGUCCAUGCAGGCAUUACAAUAUGAAUCAUAUACGAUUGGUUUGGUCCCGCAUCUGGAAUGUUCUUUCUGAAUUUUUUGUUUCAGUUGGGUUGUCAGAAAAUCUUUCGGUCGCAAUCUUUGUAAUGGAUUCACUAAGGCAAUUAGUUAUGAAAUUUUUGGAGCGAGAAGAACUUGCUAAUUAUAACUUCCAGAAUGAAUUCUUGAAACCUUUUGUGGUCAUCAUGCAGAAAAGUAAUUCUUCUGAAAUUUGUGAGCUUAUUGUUCGAUGUGUUUCUCAGAUGGUUUUGAGUUGUGUUAAUCAUGUGAAGUCUGGGUGGAAAAGUGUUUUCAUGGUUUUCACAACUGCUGUCGCUGAUGACCGUUCCCUUCAUUGCCUGUUGACAAUCUAUACAUGGAAGAAGUGUACGUUAAGUUUGGAGAGGAAUUAUGCUUCACUGUUGGAGGUCAGCAUAUUCCUUUUGGUGCAUCACCACAGAAUAUCUGGACUGAACUUGAACCUCCUUGUAGAAUCUAUCAGAAGCAAAUAAUUCGACUGUUCAGAUAUCUUUUUCUUGUGUUUUGCUAUUCUGAACUCCUUAGUACUACUUUAUAGGGACUAGUAUUUAGAAAGAUUUUAAUUCUUAACCACUCUGCUGAAUACAUUGUUUAAGUU